UUUUAUAUUUUGAAAUUCAAAAUUUAUAAACUAAAAUUCAAAUAUUUUAAAAUAUUUGAAUAUUUGAAUAUUGAAAAUCAAAAAUUAAAAAUCUUUUUUUCUUCGCGAUCAAAUAUGAUGCAAUGAACCAACAGGUUCUUUUUAACCAACCCACUGCACUCCUGCAUAGAGUUUUUUUAUUAGGAGCGUUUCAUAAGGAGCUGAAAUUGGUGUCCAAAGUUUUCAGGAAGUCCUGAGACUGCCAGGCAGAUAUAUUCUUUUUAUUACCAAUAUCGUUUCAAUUGACUUUUGCUUGAUAUGCGUCUAUUCUCUUAGAUUUCUUUUGUUAAAAAAGAUCUGGAAAUAAAAGUUUAUGCUAUUCUAAGAAGUGUUUAAGAUCAAAUAUUUUCAGAGUCCCUUAAUUUUAUAGGAGAAAUUUAAAAAAUGUAACUACACCAAUCAGAAGCAAUAUUAAUAUUUAUUCUUUUUAAAUCUUCUUUUUGGUUUAGAACAUUUGUUGACAUUCAUCGACAGUCUCUUAUUGAACACAAUAUAUGACGAUCUAUUAUUGGUAUAAUAUUUUAAAUUUCCGAUUAACAUUCGGAUGUAAUAAAGUCUGAUUUAGAAGGACAGGUUUGAUAUGAAUCUCGCCCUUUAUUUUGACCAUGUCCCUAGGCAAGAACCCAGGACGCCUGGGGAUGAGACUGGUUUGACGUUUAACCGAUGUGUCGCGUGCGUAAUGAAACUUAAAAUUGAAAAGAAAAAUUUGAAUUUGAGUUUUCAAUUAUUGUUUUUUGAUCUUUCUUGAGAAUGCGUGUACCCUUAGGGCCAUUUGAUUUUCAAUUAAAUUGAAAAUCAAAAAUCAAAAUUUGUGAAUAAUUUUGAUUUUCAAUUCGAUUUGAAAAUCAAAAUUCAAAAUUCAGUUUAAAAUUUGAAAAUUCAAAAAUCAAAAAUCAAAAAUCAAAAUUCAAAAUUCAAAAUUCAAAAUUCAAAAUUCAAAAUUCAAAAUUCAAAAUUCAAAAUUUCAAAACUUAAAAUGACAGGUGGUACAAUUGACAGGUGGUUCAAUUCUUGCAUACCACUAUUUUGUAACAAUAUUUAUGAUGCAAUAAGAUUUAGGUUUCCCGCAUUUUUUAGCCGACCCCCUGAACUGCGGCAUAAUUAGGGGGUCGUAUAAACUGUUUUUCGUGUGGGUUCAAAAGGGCCUAGCCCUUGCAUUAACCCCCUUUUUGGUGUGUCCUGGUACAUGCCUAUAUAAUCCCUCCAGUGAGGGGGGAUAAGUCAGUUGCAGGAUUAAUUUGCACACGAUAGAAAGCGAUAUAAAAUAUGGAUUCUUCAUUUAUUUUUUACAAUAACCGUGACGGGGAUCGCACAGAAAGAACACUGCGGAGAAGCCAAGUAUCAGUCCAAAGACUGGCAAUGAUUUACAAGCUUGACGUUACAUCGGUGUACAUAACAGAGGAGUUCGGUUCCUCAGAAUUUCCGAAUCCGGAUGGGACGUUUGAUUGCCUUCGGGAGUCGCCUUCUGGCACGUAUUACCAAGUGGAGGGAGAACCACAUCAAGGCAUGACUCAGGUUAGAAACCUACCGACAUCAACGGUCAAUGACAUCGGCGCGUUUCGAAGGCCAACAAUGUUGCAUACAUCUUCGUCCACGAUGUCGCGUAAACGUGUAGGUGCGGCUGCGGAGAACUAUGUUAUAAAAGUUGUUCUGGCGGAUAUAGAGAACAAAAAAAUCGUUAAUCAGAAACGAAUUUCGUUUAUAACAAUAACGGAAGCAGAAGCAAACGUCGACGCAAUCACGGAGAUGGCAAAAACACGAUUCGAAGAUCGAACGUUGGUGUUAGUGCAAGGAGGUGGUUUACGAUACGAGGACUCCGCAGCCACAAGAGGAAUAAGCUUCUGGAAAGCCGCGGCUCGGAAGGUUUAUGCAGUAAAAGCCAAUGAUCUCGAAACAUUUGAUUAUUUUACGCCACGAAGAACAAGCACACAGUCCAUUAAUUUUGAAGAAAUAAAGGAAAAACUUGCUGACCUCACCAGCCUCGUCCAAUCUGGCGUGAUUUUAACUUGUGUGGACCAAGAUACACGAGAGGCAGCACAACGAGCAUUAUCAUCUGUAAAGAUCUGUGAGAAGGCAAAACAAAGCUUCGAGUGCUUGAUAUGUCGUGGGUUGAGCCGGAGUCCGGUGAAAAUGGGUUCCUGCUGCAGAAGAAUAAUUGGUUGUGGCGAAUGUGUAGAUCGCUGGUUUUUAGAAAAUCAAAAUUGCCCACAUUGCAGGUCCAACGAACUCGACGCAAUUUUUGAAACUAAUAAUUUUGAUGGAGUGCUUGCAGAAAUACGUUCUGUCUUUCCGAAUUAAAUUUUAUAAAACACCAUCGUUCUUUUGAAAAUCUUUCUGAAUACUUUUUCAAAACUAACAUUGAUAGCGUUACUGACUUUGCGCACCCUUCUUCAUAGAGCCUCAAAAAUUACCUUUUUCUACAUUAUUGAUUUGACGAUGAUCGAUCACUGUCAAAAAAUUAUUUCUUAUUUAUUUUAGCUUUUAUUUUAUUUUAUGUACUAUAUACUUAAAACGGAGAGAGGAAGGCAAAAAUCUUCUUACCACUGUUUUUUAUGACCCGGUUUUUAUCUGUCACAGUGUAAAUAUUUUUAAUUUUGUAAAAACUUGUAUUUUUUAUGUUUCAAAAUAUAUUUUAUUCUUCACAA